GGUAGUCAACAAGUUCAUUGAAAGUUUUCUAUAGUGCUUAUAUCUUUUCGUAACACACGUACAUGAAAUGUUUUGGAUUGAAAUGAAGUUUCUCACAUAAUUGUAGGCAUGGCAUGUUGUAGGAAAAACUUUGGUGAAGGCGACACAGAGGAUACUUCCUGGAAAUACACGGUUAAAACCAAAGACGGCGACAUCCAGUCUGCUCACAUGUCAGGCAAAUAAAAUGAGUUUCGUUGUUAUCCACACGAUUUGUAAAAGAUUUGCACCUGUGAUUGCACCAAGCACAAGUCGAGGUGUACAUUGUCAAGCUACUGGCUCGACGGAGAACUCAGUGUGCAAAACGGCGCAAGAACGACUGAUGGCAGAAACAGCCACGCUCUAUGUUCACUGGCCUUACUGUGAAAAAAGAUGUACCUAUUGUAACUUCAACAAAUACAUCAGUAACUCUGUGGAUGAGGGAAGAAUGGAGAGAUGUCUGAAGAAGGAAGCAGAAACUCUUAUAACAAUGAGUGGUGUGAAAAGAAUUGGCUCUGUAUUCUUUGGGGGAGGUACCCCCAGCCUCGCCCCUGCCAGCACUCUGAACAGUGUCUUGGAGACCAUUAGUAAGCAUGCUUACCUUCCUAAAGAUGCUGAGGUAACUAUUGAAGUUAAUCCCACUCGUGCAGCAUCUCCAAAACUCAGGGACUUCCGACACGCAGGGGUUAAUAGGAUCUCAAUUGGGGUUCAGACAGCACUCUGUGGCUUGGUGUUUUGUAACUCCAGGUGUAUAGAACUUGGCAAACAACUAUUUCCGGGAAGGUUGUCCGUGGAUAUGAUUUUUGGUCGUCCUUCACAAACAGUUCAGCAGUGGAUGGAUGAGCUUCAUCAGAUACUCCCCCUGUUAGGAGGUCAUAUUUCUUUGUACCAGUUAACACUGGAAAGAGGAACAAAGUUGUUUAAGCAAGUUGGCAGAGGAAAAUAUUCUCUUCCAGAUGAAGAUACCUUAUUAGAGAUGUACACAAGUGCUGUCCAAAUUUUACAAAACCAUGGGUUGUUCAGAUAUGAAGUAUCAAACUUUGCGUCACAUGGUUGUGAGAGUUUGCAUAACAAAAACUACUGGGAGGGAGGACAGUAUAUCGGAGUGGGACCAGGUGCACAUGGUAGAUUUAUGCCUCAAGGGGAGACAAUCCGGCAAGCCCGCAUACAAACUCUGGAGCCUGACAGUUGGAUGUAUGAGGUGGAACACAAAGGUCAUGCCACAAGAAAAGCAGUUCCAUUAAACCGGCUUAACAUUCUUGAGGAAUUGCUUAUGACAGGGUUACGCACAACGGAGGGAAUCCCACAUCAACAUUGGACUAGUGUAUCACAAGGAUCAUCUAACCUGUGGGAUUUGUGCCAGGUGUGUACAGGUGUUCAGGACCUCCUUACUGCUGAGCUGCUUAUGCUGGACUCGCUUGGCUUAAGAGCUACAUCCCAAGGUUUACUAAUUCUGGACAGUUUGCUGCCGCUGUUAGUCAGCUGUUUGCAAGAUUAUUAUUCUGGACACAAACGAGAGAAAGAAUAAUUAGACACCGAGAGAAAAAAUCUGUGUGAUCAGGUCAUCUUCUGGAAGUGAGAUGUCAGACUACACUUGUGUGCCCAGAUCACCUUUGGAGAGGGAAAUGUCAGCUAGACUACACCUGUGUGCACAGGUAGUCAGAUUUCAGUGUGUGAUCAGGUCAUCUUCAGGCAGUGAGGUGUCACUCAUACUACACCUGAGUUAUCAGAUCCCCUUCAGGAAGUGAGAUAUCAGUAAGACUACACCUGUGUGCUCAGAUCACCUUCAGGAAGGUAGAUGUCAGUGAAACUACAGCUCUGUGAUCAGAUCACCCUCAGGGAGGGAGAUGUCAGUGAGACUACACCUGUGUGCCCAGAUCACUUCAGGAAGGUAGAUGUCAGUGAAACUACAGCUCUGUGAUCAGAUCACCCUCAGGGAGGGAG